AUGGACAAGCCACCAAACAUAUCGACCGGCUCGUCGGAAGCACCUAGUGGCGGUCGGAAUGCGCACCCCACGUUCUCCCGCGAAUCCUCUGCAAGCACGGCAACCAUAACGCCAAUGACCGAGUCUGGUCCCUCCAGACUCACGUCCCAGACCUCUGCCAUGUCCGCCUCGUCGUCCACCGCCCCAUCCCCCUCCCCAUCAUCACGCGAGCCCUCUCCGACCAGGCCGCUGUCGCGGACCGCAACCUCGCGCACCUCGUCCGCGAAUUCGGGACUCAGCUCGAGGAAGAAUAGCCAGCAAGAUCUCAGUCCUUCGCGAUCCGGGAGGCAGGCCAACCCUGCGCCAGCGCCGACAUCCAAGACCCUGUCGACUGCUAAUACCCCUACGCUCCUCCCGUCCGCGUCGGAUUUGAGCUCGAAUGUGGGCGCGCCCGUCAAGUCCCCCACGACCAUGGAGCAUCUGCGAGAGUCGCCGAGAUGGCCCGUCUCUCCGAGGUUGCGAUCCCCGCCGCCCAUCCUCCACAAGCCGAACAUGGGGCUGCCGAGGAGGCCAGAACCGGAGGCGCCCCUGAUUAAUGUCCAGCGCGCCACCCCGCCGGUAGGACCACCCGCCGACUUGCCACCUGACACAGACCCGGAAGAUGCCCAGCCCUUGACCGGUAUGAAGACACCAGCUCGCGGCGGAGGCGGGAGCACAUCGACUUUGGAAACUGUGCAGGAAGUAAGCCCGAUAGGGUCUCCGGGCCAGGAGGAAUCGAUACAAGAGAAGCUCGACGGUAGCUUCGUUUCGGAGGCCUCCCAAGCAGAUUCCGUCGGCCUUGGUUUCUCGAACAAUGCAGCAGGGAGGACAACCGCCAUUGUCAGCGACAGCGAGACCGACAACGUCGCAGCUGGACGGCGGAGCGGAGCCGUCAGCGCGCCGCCUCUGACCACCAGACAGUCGAGCACAUGUAUCAAGCAAACUGUCACCAAGACCAAGACUGGCGAGCCAUCGUUGCAGAGCAUGACAGUCGAGACCGAGACAGUAACGUCGAUCCCACAAGCCCCGCUUGUCCCAGGGACAGGAGCCCAGGGGUCCAGUGUCAGCCUGCGCACAAAGGCGAGCACAGAGACGAUACGACCAAAGAAGGAAAAGAAAAGGCCGCCGCGGAAGCAACCCACCGUGACGGCUGGCAACGGUGAGCCACCACGUUCAACUGCUUUAUUCCCUAGGUUGCGCUAUUAUCAGUCCAUGGGAUCAGUCGUCUCAUCGGCUGAAAAGUGUGUUUCGCCUACGAAAUGUCACCACGACGAAGCAGACAGUCGCUCUCGUCAAUAUCACGCCCGCAGGAGGAGCAUGGUCAUCUCCCACAUGAGUAGCUUACUGACAAGACAUCGCUUAGCCUCGUCCAAGGCGGACAUCUUCGAGGCCAAGGUUGCGAGCGCCGUCGAAGAAGCCAACUCGUCCGACUCCGAGGAGACGUUUGUCUACGAUUCUAACCCCCCAGAUGGCCGCGAGCGACCCAUGAGGUUCCACUCGCGGACCCCUAGCGCCACUUCGAUGGCUAGCCAGAUCGACCGCAGUGGCAUGCGCUCCAUCCAUGCCGUCAUGGACAGCGCCGGCCCGCCACCAGUCAUGAAGAAGAGCAUGAAGUUUGUAAACUCAUCUAACACGAACGGCAAUAGCGACGGCGGUUAUGUCGAUGACGACGGUCGGGGCACAGGGAGGAGCAACGCCGGCUCGGCCCGGGGAACCGCCCGUCACCACCACCAUUUUGGUCGAUGGGGCCGCAACGGCAGUGGCAACGGCCACCCGUCUCUCUUCGCCGAACAUUCUCCCUUCAACGCAUCAGUAGCUACGGGGAAUAUUGGUUCCCGGCAAUCCUCGGGGCCGCCCAGCCCCCGCUUUGCUAACCGCGCUGCUGCAGGGGCGAACGGUAAGCGGGGGACACACCUGACAGCGGGCUACGACCUCGACGACACCACUGGCGCCGACGACGAGAGAACACCACUGAUACAGUCCGGCACGGUUCGAUCGGGGAGGUCAGGCAGGAGUCGCCGGGGGAUGCACUCGCUGCGGUCGAUCGAGGCGCAGACCUACCACCGGGCCCGGCUCUCGGUGCUGAAUCGGUUUGCCAGCUGCCUCGUCCUGACAGUCAUGCUGCUCCUGGUCGUGUCGGGCGCCAUCGGCUUCAUGUUUGCGACAUCGCAGCCGCUCACCGACAUCGAGCUCGUGUCCAUGGAGCACGUCGUCGCGAGCCAGCAAGAGCUCAUGCUCGACCUGACCGUCCGCGCUCACAACCCCAACGUCGUCGUUGUCGUCGUCGACUCUGCCGAUAUCGAAGUGUUUGCCAAGUCACCGCAUGCCAUGACCGACUCGGAGUGGUGGCGCCACACCCAUCCAGGCGAGAUUGGGCCCCCGCCGCCUCGCAGGGUCGGCGAAAACAACGGCGAGAUGAAGAUCAUGGACGCCGACCCGGACCCGCUCCCGCCCGAUGACUCGUCGCCCAACAUGCGUCUGGGCACCAUCACGGGCUUCGACAGCGCCCUGUCGUUUGAGGGAUCAUUCUUCCACAAGGGCAUCUCGUACUCGACGGGAGAGGUGCGGCUCAAGAACCCUGGGAAUGGCACGUACGGCGGGCCGGAACGCUGGGAGCGGAUCAUGGAGGACGAAUUUCAGCUUAUUCUCAAGGGCGUGCUCAAGUAUACGUUGCCGCUGAGCCAGCGGGUCAGGACGGCCACGGUGAGCGGCAAGGCCACGGUUAAACCUAAUGCGGCGAAUGAUCCGCCGGGGUUGAAGCCUAAUUCGACGGUUGGGACGGGGCCGAGCAAGCGGGAGGGGGACGUGUCGAUUUCUUUUGCGGUGGGAUGA